AACUUAACGUCCCAAAACCACUCACGACAAAUCAGUUUCAAACGUCCAGCUAGUGUCGGCAGUGUAUUUUGGAACCUUUCAAAAGUUUCGAGCGAAAAAGAAACCGGCCGUGGGUGUGUGAUCGACUAUGUGCGUUUGUGAAUAGUUUGAAAUAAAAAAUUAACCCGCCGCUGCAAGAUAUCCACAAUCCACGCGUAUAUGGAAAUACAAACGAAAUAAUUAGUGGAAACAGAUAAAUUAUUAACAUAAUAAUGAAGUGUACAUAUGUAUUUAGUAUAUAUAAAUUCGAAGAAUUACUUUAAUAAUUAAAGGAAACCCUUUUUAAAGAUAACAAUGACUUUUAAAGGUUAGCAGCAAUGAUAAUGGGCAUAUUGCUUGAGAGUGGAUGAAUAUAAAUUUAUAUUCGAAUAUCUUCUAAAUAUGAAUCCACGAGGACAACUUGAAAAGAUCAGCUACGAAGACAUAAAAACGUGUAUAAACCAAACCACAUCAAGUGAUUCCUACAGUGAGACGCUACGGCAAAUCAUAGUGUUUUAAAGCAAAAUUGCUGUUUUGAAAAACUUGAAUACUUGUAUUAGUACAAUUACCUUUGAUGGUUAAAGAGGCUGGAUGAGUGUAACAGCGUUUUGGGUAUCUGAAAAAUUAGUUGCGCGAUUUAUCACGGGUGUCAGUUGUCACAUCUGUGCAUUUUACGUGGAUUCAGUAUUAGUGAAAAAAUCCGAUUUUAGUGAAAGAAUUAUUAUUGUCGGUUUGUUGAAAAGACGAGAAUUAACACCGUUAUUGAGCAUCCUUGACAGCAAACCUUGAGAUAUUCCAAAAGACGCACAUGGGCGUCUGCACCGAAGAGCGCCCUGUGAUGCAUUGGCAGCAGAGCGCAAGAUUUCUUGGGCCAGGUGCGAGAGAAAAAAGUCCAACCCCACCUGUAGCACAUCAAGGAAGCACUCAUUGCGGCAGUGCUGCAGGUGUAAAUAACAAUCGUCUACUUUAUAGAUCUUGCUCUUCCUGUCCCGAACUUUGUGACCACAAUACCAAGCCUUAUAGCUCGACAUUUAAUGAGCCAUUUAAAAGCUAUGAGAUCGCAGACCGCACACUAUUCAGCGAAACUGCAUUAAAAUACGCAAUAAGUCGAGCGCGGCCUGACUGUUUGGAAGUAAAUGAGGAAACUACCUCGAGAAUAUCCUUUAAAACGGAGCCAUAUGGUCCACCAAGUAGUCCAGACUCCACGAAUGAAACACCAAAUCUGCCUCGAAGCCUAGAAGAUUGCGCUGGUUGCGGUCGAUUCAUACAGGAUCGUUUCUACCUCUCUGCAGUUGAUAAACGAUGGCAUAUUAAUUGCUUACAAUGCCACGCUUGUCGACAACCGUUAGACCGAGAAUCAUCAUGCUAUUCGCGAGAUGGAAACAUUUACUGCAAAAAUGAUUAUUAUAGUUUUUUUGGGACGAGGCGCUGUUCAAAAUGUCGAGCAUCGAUUAGUUCGACAGAAUUAGUAAUGAGAGCCAGAAGCUUAGUGUUUCACGUAAACUGCUUUUGUUGUACGAUUUGUAAUGCGCCACUUACCAAAGGCGAUCAAUAUGGCAUUAUAGACGCUCUUAUAUACUGCAGAACCCAUUACAGCAUCGCACGCGAAGGCGAUUCAGCGUCAACAAGACUUGGAGGUUCAUUCGCAUAUUGCGCAGACUUCGAUUCUCCUCAGAAUGAGUCCUCCAGUCCGCAUUCUGAUCCCUCCCGUAUUGUUCCUAGUGGCAUAUAUAUGCCAACUUCACAUGUAAUCUCAGGACUAACGCAGGCGCCGCGGCAAAAAGGCAGACCUCGGAAACGUAAACCUAAGGAUAUUGAAGGACUCACUGCCAAUUUGGAUUUGAAUACGGAAUAUCUAGACUUUGGACGUGGAUCUCAAAUGACUGCUUCGCGGACGAAACGGAUGCGAACCUCUUUUAAACACCACCAAUUGCGUACGAUGAAGUCUUACUUUAAUAUAAACCACAAUCCGGAUGCUAAGGAUUUGAAACAACUUUCCCAAAAAACAGGGCUGCCAAAGAGAGUUUUACAAGUAUGGUUUCAAAAUGCUAGAGCAAAAUGGAGGCGUAUGAUGAUGAAACAAGAUGGUUCCAAUAUUCUAGAAAAGGGCGAUGGAUCUCUGGAUUUAGAUAGCAUAUCUGCGCAUAGCCCUACUUCUUUCUUAAUGGGCGGCGGCAGUGGCUCUCCUCAACAUACCAUAGAGUAGCAGACAUAUCCAUUACUGCUUCCACAUAGAGAACUUUGAGCUAAUCAGUAUACUUACGUUGUUGCUUUAUAGAUAUUACAACUGUUUCUAUAGCAGUAGCUGUAGUCUAGAAUCUAGAGCAUCCGCUUUUGCGCACGCGCACCAGUCCAAUGCAAAAACCACGGCAGGGAAUUUACCGCCUAUAUUUGUAUGCAUUCAUGCGACUACGCACAUCCCUAUAAACAUAUGUACAUAUGUACAUACAUAUGUAUAGUACACUACUAUACACAGUUAAACUUUAAAGAAUAGCAAAAUGCACGCCGCAUGUACAUACAUAUGUAUUUACAAGUGAAAAACUGAACUAAAUGCGAGUUUCAAGUUUAUACUAUAUCUACAUAUGCAUAUAUAUGUAUGUAUGUAUGUAUGUAUGUAUGUACAAACCAGUACACAACCUCAACCGGCCAAUAGCCAUAUUGAAAAUAUAUUCAACCGUUACACAACCGCAAAUUCAUAUCUUAUGCGCAUGGGCUAAUACGAGUAAAAUAUUUUUGUAAAUGUAUUUAGAUAUAAUUACAUACCAUAGAUGAUAUAAUUUAAACAUAAUGCCUAAAUCCGAACUUGUUACUUCUAGCACCUUUGGCACUUAAUGGUUCAUAUAUUUAAAUAUGUUAUAAGAUAUUUUAUUAUUUAAGUAUUUAAGUAUUUUUAUAUAUGCAUUAACAAAGUUAGAUCAUAAAAGUGCGUACAAUUAAUAACGAUUAAAAUUGUUUCGAUUGCUUUAUAGCAUUUUGACUGUAUCUUUGUAAAUACUUGUACAUGUGCCGAAACAGGGUCAACCUACAUAUAUUUCCUUUGGUGCGGCUUUUAACUUUUUCGACCUCGUCUUUACCUAAUAGAUUCAAUAUUAAAAUUGUAGAUUAAUAUCAUUAAAAGUAUGUAUUUUGAUUUGGCGAUGGGAAUGUACAUAUGUAUGACAUAAGCACACGGUUAUAAACAUAUACCAUUUAUCCCGUGGUAUACCUAAACUAUAAUCAUGCAUAUAUAUUUGCCAGUGAUGUACAUAUUAUAUAUGGUGUAUAAAGGCAACAAUAAAACGAGGUCGACAGUUCAACACAUACCUUUAUUUAUUUUGGGGAUUUUGUAAAUGUUUUACCAAACAAAUUGUGCAAAGUCGUAUACUUUAUUGUGGCUAUUGCAUUUUUAUUUGAAGUAAAUCAAUUCGCUAGCUGUUUGAUCAAAGAUUCAGCGAUAUAACGGAUGUGUAAUCUAGUUUUAAUAGAAGCAAACAAAUAAUUAAUACAUUGAUUUGAUGCCAGUACCACUUCAAUCAAUCUAAUGAUAGUUUUGGGUCUCUGUAAACUUGUUUACUUACUUAUUUUGCCUUUGGAAAAUAGUUAGGCAUGUGUAGAAAACUAUACUCUAAUAACGUUUGAGUCGAAAAUGACCGUAAAACUUUUUGUAAAAAGAAAGGAGCGUUCCAUUCAUUUGUGUUAAAUCAAGAAAACAUUAUUAUUUUGAAGUCGCUAAAUUUUUAAUGGUUUUAAGAGUCAAAAAACUUUUUUUUUUUGGAAUAAAUGUAAUACCUAGUCGUUUCACCAUAAUCAUUUCUGUUCAACGAAGUUACGAAUCAGUUUAUUUACAA